GCGCGGGGCGGUCCCGCCAUGGUCUCGGCCCCCGCUACCGCUCCCGCGGCAGCCUGACGGUCUGGGCUUCGGGGUCGCAGAGCCUCCCAGGAAGCGGCUGGGUGCUGGAGACCUGUCAGCCGCCAUGGGUACCAACGCACCGGCUCGCCGGGAGCCGCUCGCCCGCGGCCCCCAUGAAGUAUACUUCAAGAAUCUUUCAAAACAGAAACAAAAGGAAGUCAUGGAGAAGAAUGGAAACAACCACAGACUUCGUGUUUGUGUUGCUACCUGCAACCGUGCUGAUUAUUCCAAAUUAGCUCCCAUUAUGUUUGGUAUUAAGGCAGAACCACAGUUCUUUGAGCUUGACGUUGUAGUCCUUGGUUCCCACCUGAUUGAUGAUUAUGGUAACACCUAUCGUAUGAUUGAACAAGAUGACUUCGAUAUUCAUACAAGACUGCACACCAUUGUGAGAGGGGAGGAUGAGGCAGCUAUGGUGGAGUCAGUGGGCCUUGCACUAGUCAAGUUGCCAGAUGUCCUCAACCGCCUGAAACCUGACAUAAUGAUUGUGCACGGGGAUAGAUUCGAUGCUUUGGCCCUGGCUACGUCUGCAGCGCUGAUGAAUAUUCGCAUCCUUCACAUUGAAGGCGGGGAAGUCAGUGGGACCAUCGAUGAUUCCAUCAGACAUGCCAUAACCAAACUGGCCCAUUACCAUGUGUGCUGCACAAGGAGUGCAGAGCAACACUUGAUAGCCAUGUGUGAAGACCACGACCGCAUCCUUUUAGCAGGCUGCCCUUCAUAUGACAAGCUUCUCUCUGCCAAAAAUAAGGACUACAUGAGUAUUAUACACAUGUGGCUAGGAGAAGAUGUCAAAACAAGAGAUUAUAUAGUUGCUCUGCAGCAUCCUGUAACCACAGACAUUAAACAUUCCAUAAAGAUGUUUGAGCUGACACUAGAUGCACUCAUCUCCUUCAACAAGAGAACGCUUGUUCUGUUCCCUAAUGUGGAUGCAGGAAGCAAAGAGAUGGUUCGGGUGAUGAGGAAGAAGGGCAUUGAACAUCAUCCCAAUUUCCGGGCAGUAAAACAUGUUCCAUUUGACCAGUUCAUUCAACUAGUUGCUCAUGCUGGUUGUAUGAUUGGUAACAGCAGUUGUGGUGUCCGAGAAGUGGGAGCGUUUGGGACACCUGUAAUCAACUUAGGGACACGUCAGACAGGAAGAGAAACAGGUGAAAAUGUUCUUCAUGUUCGUGAUGCUGACACACAGGAUAAGAUUCUGCAUGCUCUGCAGCUGCAGUUUGGUAAACAGUACCCAUGCUCCAAAAUAUAUGGUGAUGGUAAUGCUGUUCCAAGGAUUUUGAAGUUCCUUAAGUCUAUUGAUCUCAAAGAGCCAUUGCAAAAGAAAUUCUGUUUUCCUCCUGUCAAAGAUAACAUCUCCCAAGAUAUUGACCAUAUUCUAGAGACACAGAGCGCUCUGGCUGUGGACCUAGGUGGAACAAAUCUCCGAGUAGCAAUUGUCAGUAUGAAGGGUGAAAUAGUUAAGAAGUAUACCCAACUCAACCCUAAAACCUAUGAAGACAGACUAGAAUUAAUUCUAAAGAUGUGUGUGGAGGCUGCAUCAGAGGCAGUAAACGUGAACUGCAGAAUCCUGGGAGUAGGUAUUUCCACAGGAGGCCGGGUAAACCCCCGAGAAGGAAUUGUGCUUCACUCUACAAAGCUCAUCCAGGAGUGGAGCUCUGUGGAUCUCAGAACUCCAAUAUCUGAUGCUCUGCACCUGCCAGUCUGGGUGGACAAUGAUGGAAACUGUGCUGCUCUAGCAGAGAGGAAAUUUGGUCACGGAAAAGGAAUAGAAAAUUUUGUGACACUCAUUACUGGUACAGGAAUUGGAGGUGGAAUCAUUCAUCAACAUGAAUUGAUCCAUGGCAGUUCUUUCUGUGCUGCUGAGCUUGGGCACAUUGUUGUAUCUUUAGAUGGACCAGAGUGCCUGUGUGGUAGCCAAGGAUGUAUAGAAGCAUAUGCCUCUGGAAUAGCACUACAGAGAGAAGCUAAGAAACUGCAUGAUGAGGACCUGCUUUUAGUAGAAGGAAUGACAGUGAAGAAUGAGGAGGUUGUUGGUGCUGCACAUCUCAUUCAAGCAGCUAAACUUGGGAACACAAAAGCAGACAACAUUCUCAGAACAGCUGGGACAGCGUUAGGCCUUGGAGUUGUCAACAUUCUGCACACGAUGAACCCCUCUCUUGUGAUCCUUUCUGGAGUCCUAGCUAGCCACUAUGUGAAUGCUGUCAAAGAUGUUAUAAAUCGACAGGCUUUGUCCUCUGCUAAAGCUGUGGAUGUGGUAGUCUCUAAUCUGGCAGAUCCUGCUCUCCUUGGAGCUGCAAGCCUGGUACUGGAUUAUACUACACGUAGAAUUUACUAGGUACUUGGAAGAAGUACAGAAAUGGACUGUUCAGGUUCCUCAUGGGGAGUACUUCCCCAAAACUCUUCUUUAAUGAGAGCAGCUACUGAAUGAGAGUAGUGUUGAAUACUGACUACUUCAGCAUUUCCUAACUGAGGUACUCUCUUUUUUUUUUAGUCUAUUUCCUAAAUUCCAUCUGACUUUAUAUGAACUACUGUGCAAUUCUGUUGUUUUUAAUUGCCUCUGUUGGCAAGCCCAUAUGUUGCUUUAAGUGUAGCUGAAUUAUUUAUGAGCAUAUCUUGGUGUAUAGUGGGGGAUAUGUGUAUGGUGUGUCAAAUUAUAGCUAACACUUGGGGAUAAUCGCUCAUUUCUCGACUGUGUGAAAUGAGGUCUGCAAUGUGACCAGCUCUUCAGCUUCCAGGCUUCCACCAGCAAACUAAAUAUGAUGGAGUCACUGACAGCAGGCAGCAGUUUCAGUGGGUGGAAAUGAAGGAAGUUGCCUCUCGGGUCAAGCUGGCUGCAUCUAGAAACUGGUUCGUGAAGGCCCUGGUGAAAGCAGUUAUUUAUUCCAUCAUCUCUGGAGGGCAGAGUCCCAUUUUAGAAGCUUUGCCUCUGAGGGAAGAAGAGGUCUAGUGAGCUUACUUAGAGCCUGCAGAGCAAUCCAAGCCAACCAACAGCUGUGGCAGUGAGCAUUUUUGCCUUCUGGUUAUGGCCAACAGUAAAUUAUUUGAAUGUAUUGCUUGAAGUUUUCUCAAGGGACUCAGUCUGCUAUUUUGUCUGCCAAAUUAACAGUUUAUUCAUUGGUAGCCAAAGUGGCACAUCUGAUCAUAAAGGCUGUGCCUUUCAAGAAGAGCAGAGUGACCUGCAUCCCCUCAGCAGUUCUGGUGGCUGCAGAUACACUGUUCUUAUCCUGCGUUCGCCAUCAGCUUGCAGGAUGGAAAAAUCAAAUUUGAGCCUCAUCCUCACCUUCAGGGCAUUCAGAAGCCUGGGAGCAAUACUUGUCAAAUACCACUGAAGGCUCACCUAGGGAAAGCAUGUUUCUUUAACUAGUCCAUCCUGACAUUAUAGCUCUCUUUAUCUACAAUACUAAAAGCAGAACUUUCAAGAUACUCUAGUAAUAACCAUUUGAGACACACUGAAACUGAAACACAGACCCUUCUAACUGAUCAGCCACCACGGAAAGAAGGUAUCUGUGGAGGAAUUCACAGUAUCAUCUACUAUCCUUUGUCUAGAAUUUUAUGGCCUAUUUUGACAUUUAAUUCAGGCCAUUGAUGAUAUUCUCAGAAGCCCAGAAGUAUACUAGUACAGGGCAGUGAAAGGGACUAUUCAUAACAUACUCAAACUAAGCCAACAAAAAUGUGACCUUCUGCAACCACUCCCCUCUGCUGUCCAGUAAUCUUGGAUCUUGCUGCUGGCAUAGUAAACCACUCUGCUUGGCUAAUUCUGGGAUCUAAUACAUACAAGUUUCCUUUAUCCUCUCUUUUGCAAGGAACCCUUACCCAAGAACUCACAUCUUCAUAGCAGACUAAAAAGACCACCACCAGGUCACUCUCCUGAUAUUCCUAGGAAUAGUUGUGCAGCCUCUAUACUGGAGUUUUCCUCAGAAUCAGCAAAUACUGGCUCAACCAGUUGCAAACUAACUUAAAUAUUACUGUGGUAACUCCAUGAGUAGGUCAAGGAGAAAUCCACUUUGCUGUGCAUCGAUAGUAGCUGCAGUCAGGAGUAAACACUGUUGAGGUUCUAAGAGAGAUGAGCCCUGCCUCUUGAUUUUUCCAUCCUCUGGAACCACAAGGAAUGCCUGUCAUAAAGUGGGACCAGGCUUUUGCUUUCCAGACCUCCUGAAGCUCUGCAUUUAUGAUACCUCUGCCUCUGUGAUUUUUCCCUAGCAGUUUAAGCAAGGAUGCAGACAUGAAGAAAACAUGAAAAAAACUAAAAUACAUUUGGAAAGAUUUAUUCUAGACAUGGUGGGUCCUGUUAAGGAAAGAGGUUCUUCAGAUGCUCUGAAAAUUACAUUAUUUUCUCUCAACUGGACAAGAACCUGCUGUAUAUGUACCAAUGGUGCAAAAGUCCUUGGCAGUUUUUCCUGAAACAUUUAUGGAUUUAUAAACACCAGAAAAAAUAAAAACAAUCAUAUUUAAUAA